UUUCCGUGAGGUGGAGCUCUUCAGAGGGGUGCGUUGGGUGCUCCCCAGGAGGCAGGUUGGGUUUUGGGGUCCCCUGAGGGUCAGGGUUCGUUCCGCAGGGUGAGGGGGAGUGAGGGGUAAAGGGGUGUUAGUCGAUGGCUGCUGCGGGGUUACACCUCAGGAGGAUAAGCAGAAAGCUUGCUUGGAGGUUUGGGCAGCAGGUGUUUGUUUUCAUGACUGGAAAAGUGGAAUUAUCGAUAGCAUAGGGAGGUAAAACACAGCGAUCCCCCUUCAGGAGCAAUGCCAGCACCAGGUGCGCCUCAGAGCAGCAAAGUUGAGGCACCUGUGGCCACCAGCACAGGUAAAAGUGGCAGGCCCAAGGCACCUUUGUUGCCAGACUCUGCUAAAACCGGUGGGGUUAAGGUGCUGGCAGCCACUAGGGUGUUGAACCCUCAGGAUUUUGUGCGCGUUCAGGCUUUGCCUGGCGUUGCUCAGAAGGAAGGGAAGGUCUUGGCCAGAAGCAGGACGAUUUACAGAAGCAGUGAGCCUUCAAGAAAACAAGUGUUCUGGGAAAACUACCACAGGAGGCAAAAGCAAUUCACGCAGGGACACUUCACCCCCAUGGGGAAGCCAUACCGGGAGCUUGGUGAGAUUCUAUACACAGACCCAAAGAAACUCACCCUCUACUCCUUGGGACAGCUCGUGCAGGAACCAGCAAAAAAAGAUGUGCAGGAAAGACCACACAAAGAAGUAGCUAAGGUUCCUACUAAUGAGUACUCUUUCAAUCCGAAGUCUGACCCACCAGAAUCAGUGAAGAGACUCACCUCAUUUAGAGAAACAGGAAAGGAGCUGAAGACUCUUAAUAAAGCUUUAGCUCAGUCAAGGCAUCAUGUCAGCGCUGUGAAGCAAGGUGGAGCAUAUUUCCAUAUACUUCACCAAGAAUCACUGGAGAGGAAGAACACACUGAACAAACAGGCUCAGGGCACAAGAUGGGAAACUGAUUUCCAGCCACCCACACAUUUCUCGGAUCCAGAGGAGUCAGAGGAAGAAACAAGCACCUGUUCUCUAACAGAAAGCAACUACUUGAAGAAGUCAGGGAAGAAGAAAAAAAAGAUGACCUUACGGUCUUUCACUCCUGCUUAUACCAGUGUCCUGAUUCCAAGACCCUCUGAAGCAAAAAGUGAACAUCUUUUCCGACAGCUGUGUGCCAUACACUGGCUUUUGGAAGCUUUGACCCUUGAAUCCAACAAUUCGAUGCAUUCCAUAUUAACCUGCUGGAAUCCAAUGGACCCUGGUGGCUGUAAAAAAACAGUGAAAGAAAUGGAAGAGGAAAAGUUAGUAGCAUUCAUGUGGGAGCUCUUUGUUACAAAUACAAAGAAAUACAUGCGGAAAGCACGACACUGUCCACUUUUCAGGAAGACAAACAAGAUAUUUACUCCAGUCAUCUCUCAGCUUAGUAGUCAGUCUUUUUAUGGUCAAACCCCUCAGGGUAGUGUAAAUUCCCUUGUGCUUUACUCUGAAGACAAUGUCAACACGAAUGGAGCUUUGUCUGAUGUUAUGAGUGAGUCAGUGCAAACUAAGGAACAACAUCAUCUUUUUCCCCCCCUGCAGAAGCUGAUCCAGAUACCACAUGGCUACAUGUCAAAAGAUGUCCCUGAACAAGAAGAUAUGGUUGAGAAGACUGGACUGCAGAGCUGCCGUAUCAGCUCUUUCAUUAAGAGAAAAUCUAAUUUGCGGGCUGAUACGAGGCAAAAGUUUGCAGAAGUACGUGAAGAAGCAGCUUGUUGUUUACAUGACACCCUAGAGAGCCUUGAGAGGAACCAGGAAGAGCGAUGCUCUCUAAAAUACCUAGCUUUGAAACAAUUGAAGUAUUUUAAAAAAGACAUGGAAAGACUAAGAAAGCUGGACGUAAGAGCUGAAAGAGAACAUGUUGAAGAUGAAAUAAAAUGGUUUCCUGUAUUGCUGGCCAGACUCCCAGAGUCUGUGAAGAAUGACCAUUACGUGAAGAAAAUCUUAAAGAAACUGGAAAAAUUUGGCAUGAUUCCUGAUUUAAAAAUUCAUCAUGACACCUUUCUUAGGGCUUUGACUGAUCUACAGGUGUGGGAACUAUGUUCUCCAGAAAUUGCUGCAGCUGUGGAGUUUGUACGUGAAAGUAUUGUGGAGAUGCCAGAAGAGGAUUUCAGUGAGUGGUUUCGGACAAGAGUAGCCCCUCUCAGUGCACAGGCCUCUGCCUUUUAAUCAAAUGGCCAGAUGAGUGUGUUUUCCAGUUACAACUGUCUGGAUUCAAGCAGAAAACCUACUGUCUGUUGAGAGUUGCCUCAAGGAAGGCUGGGGAACAAAUUAACUUCAGGGAAGUCCUAUUGACCACUCUUGCACACCCUGUACAGUGCUCUGCUGGCUGAGGUCAGCCACAGAAAAUAAAAGCUCAACACUGUUGCUCCUUCCUGUAUGAUGUCUUGGACUCACCACCAAACUUUAAUCUCAACGAACUUUUUAGGAUGAAGACUGAAGUUCCUAAUCACAGGCCAGGUGGCUUCUUCAAACAUUUCUCCAACAUAUAUAGCAAGCAUCUCCUCAUUACAGAUAUACCAGUUGUCAUAUCUAAAGCAUUGUCUCUGAUUGCUCUACAUUUUACCUACCAUUUACAAAACAUAACCCAAACAUAGGGAGGUUGUAAGCUUUGAGAUGAUUGGGUUUUGCUCAAAUUAUUUUCUGAAAUCUGGAUGUUUUAUUUUUCCAUUGAGUUUAUUUUGUAGUUACUCUGCGAUUAUGGCUUAAUUUCUUGCAUUAUUAAAAUCACUAUUGAAAAAUCAGGCAUCCUUAGGUGCAUUUUCCAAGUUCUUACCUGAAGAUGUGCUUUCUGCUCAUUACUUUACCAUAUAUUUUCCAUUACUCUGCUGGGUAAGACAGUAGAAUGGCACCACUGAACUUGGAGACAGUGGUAAUUCAGGAGCUCUGUGAAUCUUUUUGGGCUUAACCAUCUAUUUUGUGAUGGGUCACAGUUGCUGCGUAAUGGAAUCAAUGACCUUCUAAACUGAUGAUCUUAAUGAGCUGCCUACCUGCCUGUCAAUGCUUCCCGAAGGCCCAUUUGCCAGAAAGGCUGUUAAUCCUUCAGCUGCAAUAAGGAAAAACACUGCCAACUCAGGAGUCAGGUGAGUAUAGUGACCAGUGAUGUGUAACAUGUUAUUGAUUACCAACCUUUUUUUGUUCCCUUCCUUGUUCUCAUAACAAGAGGUGAAUCUUUUUCAAGGAAAAGAACCAAAAUCACAAUUUUCUUUAACUUAAAGCCAUCAUAAAAAGUGAUCCUUAAAAGUUU